AUGGCGAUAUCUAUGGCAGAGGUGGCCAAGCACAACUCCAAGACUGACUGCUGGGUGGUCGUUGCUGGCGAUGUCCUGAAUGUCACCAGCUUCCUGAGUGAACAUCCGGGCGGCGAGUUGGCGAUCAUCACCUUUGCGGGCAAAGAUGCCACAGAGGAGUUCAACAUGAUCCACCCUCCCGAUGUGAUCACCAAGUAUGCCCCAGAUUCCAUCAUUGGCAAGCUGGGCGCCGGAGGUGCGGCACCUGCCGCUCCAGCAGCCCCCGCACCAGCACCGGUGGCUGCUGCUCCUGCCGCAAGCGCAGCGGCGCCGCUUUUGGACCACCAUGGAAAGAACUGGAGCAAGUCGGAGCAGAACAGGGAGAUGCGCAUGAAGGGCGAAGGUAGAAUCCCUGGUUGGAUCGGGGCCAUCUUCUACAUGGUGCUUGGUUUCCUGAAGGAGAUUCUCUUCACCAUCGUGCCCCAGAAGAACGUCUCCUUCACUAGCGACCGAAUCGGGCUCACUCGCUCGGCGAUGUUCCUUUUCAUUUUCAUUAUCAUCCACGCCGUGGGCAACCUCCACGUCUUCCUAGGCCCGGAUGACUUCAACGGCUACGGCUACUUUUACGUGCGGCUCUACUGGACGGGCUUCGGCUUCCAGGCCAACAUCGUGGAGGAGUACAUCCUGCUGGCCGCGUUGCUGCACGUCGUGGUUGCUUUGAAGCGUACCUGGGACAUCAGCAUCAACUACACCCUGAACUCUGGAAAGAUGAACCUGGCGCUCUCGGGCAUCAGCCUGCUCACCUUCAUGAUGAUCCACCUCUACCAGUUCCGGUUCGGCGACACCAAGCCGUGGAAGCUCUGCCCGCCGCCCUACCUGCUGAACCUCGACACGCUGCUGCACCUCCGGUUGAACCUCUUCUGGGUGGACACUCCGGGAUGCGAGUCUGUGUACGUGCGUGACAUCUACCGCAUGGAGUUCGAGAUCUUCCAGUCCCUCGGUUGGGUCCUCUUCUAUAUGUCGGCCGUGAUCAUCUUCAGCACGCACAUGUGCCUGGGAUGGCAGAAGGCGGUGCCAGCUCCGCACCUGGAGAUCCCCAAGAAGUACCACAGCCGGGCCGUGCACAUGGGCUAUGUGUUCACUCUCUUCAUCGCCAUGAUCUACAUCAGCUUCCCGCUCUACUGCCACCUCGUCACGAUGUCCUCUGGCAGUCUGAGCACGGAGCCCGCCGAGCCUUGA